GUAGAUUUUUAUAAUUCCCCUUAUGUGGGCCGCAGAGUGAGUAAUCUUCAGAGUAGACGUGUAAAAUGCCGCCAAACGUCGUGGAACCCAGUUUCUCUCCUGAGCCCGAAAUUGGUGUUCAAAGUAAAAGUCAAGUUGCAACAAAACCACAAGAAGGAAUGAAUUAUAAUUUGUACAUCUUUAGUUCGACGUUAAAUCUUAUAGCUCAUUUAUUAAUUGGUGUCGUCGUGGGUGUUGCUGUGUUGUUCUCAUUGAGGAAUGGCUUGCCUUUGGGAGCAACACCCCUGCAUAUUAUUCUGUGCGUUAUUGGGCACCAAUUACUUAUGGCGGAAUCUAUUCUUAGUCUAUAUUCUGAGAACGGCUGGUCUACAAAACUGAGACUGGUUGACAAACGUCGAGCACAUUGGAUCCUACAAAUACUGGGCUCAGGAAUAGCUUUAGCUGGGAAUUUCAUCAAGAUUGUAGAUAAAAACGUCCACUGGAAUACGUACCACGGACAAUUCGCGUUGGUGGCAAUUGUUUUCACCGUUGCCAGCUUAAUUAAUGGUUUGACUUCAUUAUACGCGUACGAGUGGCGUAGACUCUUCAACGGCACUAUCUCUAAGCUGACGCACAUUUGUUUCGGGAUCGUCACAUUCGCCGCUUCGAGUAUCAGCCUUUGCUAUGGAUUCGAUAAAUUCUUCUUCAGGACAUGGGCAACCCAUACCUUUACUGAUACACUGAUUGCCUUCACUGGUAUCUUUACUUUCAUAGUUAUAAUCAACCCGUGUAUUACAUUCUACUCAAAAGCAAUGAAUGCUAUAAAAAAUAAGUAGAAUCAACUUUACGUUAAACAUUUAUCGUUUUAAUAAUAGAAGAUUUUAAUUCACAACUUUAAAUACUUAAGAUGAUUUUGUUUAAUUUACGAAUAUUCAUUUACUUUACCUGAAAGAACAAUAUGUAUCUACAAAUGUAAUAUUGCAUUUCCACGUUGCUUUUGUACUAUAACGCCAAGAAAAAAUUAAAAAACUUUGUUAAACUUGAUAUAAUCAGAAAAUUAACAGAAUCUCAAUUACCUUUAUCAUUAUUAAUUGCAUAAAUAAAUCUGCACAUUUUGUAAAUUUUAAUAGCAUUAUAAGUGAAAAAGCCUCGUUUAAAAAAAAAUAACCCGACUGACUGUGACUCUAAUGAAUGAAAUGACGCCAUCUAUUGGCUGCAUUUUAAAACAAAGAUUUUAGAAAUUCUAAAAUUUAAACCAAAUAAACUGUAAUGUUUACGUAACACUUUCUUAGUGUAAAGUCUAGUCUAUUUAAAAAGGUCGAAACUUAUGAAGCGUGAAAUUCGAAGGCGUUUUUUACUAAUUAGAUAAUACUCCGGAGACUAUUAUAAUACUAACUAAAUGACACCUUUCUAAUCAAAACCACAACGGAAUUUACAUACAAACAAACCUACAUACACAGAAACAAAAUUACCAACAUACUCGCGAAAAUAAUUACACAUUUGUCAGUCGGGUAAAACAUAUAUAGAGAAAAUUUCCAGAGGACUUUAUCCAUCAAAAAGUAAUCCGUGAUCGCAAUACAUUCGAUUUUAUAGCUUUAGUUUGAUAACAUUUGAUAGCAUUAAUACGCAUUUUUAUCAUGUCACCCAAAAAUGUGGCAUAGUUGACGCAUUUCGAUAAAAUAUCUCAGUGUAGAAAAAUUACUUCGAGAACGUAUUGCUUUAAAAUAUCGUAGCAUACAUACAUACAUACUUUGAAGUUUAUUUAUUUAUUUAUUUCCACAAUUUGCCUUUUCCAGGCAUUGUAACAUUAAAUUUUCCUUAUAACAAAGUACUUGUACAAGUUUCAUAAGUUCGUAUUUUAUUUAAGUUUGUAAAACAUA